UCUCUCACUCUCUCUCACCGAUAAGCGAGUCAACAUGAAGCUGCUAAAGCUAUUUCCCAUUUUCUUCGCGAUGGGGUGGGUCGAGAGCAGCCUAUAUGACCCGUACACACCUGUCUACACACCUGCAUUUGGACCACCUUACUACCCGUCACCCCCUCCCCCUCCCGUGUAUAACCCCAAACCUGCACACAAACCUACUUACACACCCAAAGUCACAUAUGCGCCCAAACCUGACUACACACCUGACUACAAACCUGCUCUAAGUCACAAGGCCACAAAUGAUCACAAGCCUGCAAGUUACAAGCCUGACAACACACCAGCGCCCUCUUACAAGCCUGGAGUGACUUACAAGCCUGCUCCAACACUGCCCUACACACCUGUCCUUCAUUACAAGCCUGAAGGAAAUUAUGAGAAGGACUCUAAACCAUACUCCUUCGACUAUGGGGUGAAGGAUGACUACACCGGGGCGCACUUCGGACACAAGGAGAAAUCAGAUGGGCAGGAAGUCAAAGGAUCCUACUCUGUCGCUCUUCCUGAUGGCAGGAUACAGACAGUCAAGUACAAAGCUGACCACGAACACGGAUUUCAAGCUGAGGUAUCCUACGAGGGGGAUCCUGUCUACCCUGUCUAUGAUCCUAAGAGCCCUGCAGGUCCUUCAAGAAGCUCCUCACAGUUCCAGGGUCCACGGUAUCCUAUAGACCACGAGGGGUCCUUCUACGGGUCCUACCAGGGGUCCUAUGAGCCGUAUCCUACUCCUGUGUAUUCAGAAGGAGUCUAUAAGCCGCUUUAUGAUUUUGAUCCGGUUUAUCCUAUUUUUUAAGGGAAGUGUCCGGAUAUUUUAGGCUUUAUCCGGACUUUUGUGGGUUUUGUCCGGAAUUUGAGGGUUUUUGUCCGGAUUUUGAGAGUUUUGUCGGUUUUGAGUUUUUUAAUCCGGAUUUUGAGGGUUUGAAUCCAUUUUCUUAUCCGGAUAUUUUUGUCAACCGGAUUUUUAACAUUUAAGCAUUUUUUUUUUAUUUUUAAGCCGAUUUUUCCCUUUUUCCCCUCAUUUCCCUUUUCCAGCUUUGAUAUUUUUUUUAUUUCAAUCUAAUAAUUUCCACUCGUCAAGGAAAACACUAUCAAAUUUUUUUCCCUAGAGAGAUGAAAGGGGAAAACUAUGUAGCACUUUCUCCCAUCAAAUAUUUUCCUAUUUCCCUCAAUUUUCCUGAAAGUUGAACAGUUUCCCCUCGUCAAGGAAAACACUGUCAAAUCUUUUCCUUUAGAGACAGAGGGGAAAAUAUUAUAGCACUCUUUUCUCCUCAAAUAUUUUCCUAUUUUUCCUCUCAAUUGUCCUGAAAGUCAAAUAUUUUCCCCUCGUCAAGGAAAACACUGUCAAAUCUUUAUCCUGUAGAGAGAGAGAGGAAAAUAAAAUAGCACUCUUUUCCCCUCAAAAUAUUUUCCUAUUUUUUUCCCUCAAUUGUCCUGAAAGUAGGAAAACACUCAAAUAUUUUCCCUUUAGAGACAGAGGGAAAAUAUAACAGCACUCUUUUCCCCUCAAAUAUUUUCCUAUUUUUUCCCUCAAUUGUCCUGAAAGUAGAAGUUUUCCUUGUACAUGUAUUUUUUUUUCAAGCGAUCAAUAAAAAUGAUGACUUUU